GCGUAACGUGGCCUGUUCGCGCAAUAAAAACAGUGAGAGCCAAACAGUGAAGCUCAGGUUCGAUUGUGUCCGGUCCCUGAAGGUACCACUAUAGUUUUGUCUUCGGAACCUGGGACGAAACACAGACCAACGAACACAAGGAGCAACAGUCGUCGCAAAGUUCAGGAUGGAGGGUAAAAAGCGUCCCGUGAAGCUGUCGGUCCAUCCGUCCAGAGGACUCGUGGAUGAGAAGUUCACGGUCCUGGUCCAGAACGUCCCCCCUGGUUUCCAGCUGACGGUCCACGCUCUCCAUCAGUGUGAAGACGGACACAGCUGGCACGCGUUUGGUCACUACACUGCAGACUCCACUGGGGCUGUGAACGUUGCAGAGGAUCUCAGUCUGGGUGGAACAUAUUCUGGGGUUGAACAGAUGGGUCUAUUGUGGAGCCUCAGACCGGUUCCAGGCAGCAAACCUGGACUCAGGCUGAGAAAGAUGAACGUCCAGACUCCCAUGGAGGUCACCGUGUCCGUGUUCAGGGGCCACCAGACUGAGGGCUUUGAGGAUCAGGGGCCGUUGGUGUCUGUGGUGGUGGAGCGUUGGUACAUGGCGCCUGGUGUCUGCAGAAUCCCAGUCACAGAGGGGGGCCUCACUGCAACCCUCUUCCUGCCCUCAGCCUCUGGACUUUUCCCGGGUAUCUUGGACCUGUGGGGGGGUGGAGGGAGGCUAGUGGAGUACCGUGCAGCACUGCUGGCCUCUCGUGGCUUUGCCUCUCUGGCUCUUGACUAUUUGACUCCUAAAAUCACCUUGGGAACAGGAGACAGGGUGGACACGGAGUACUUUGAGACGGCCUACAGAGUUCUGCAGCAGCAUCCUCAGAUCCUCAGCAGUAGAAUCGCCAUACUGGGCCUCUCCUUAGGCUCCUGUAUCAGCUUCAAACUGGCUGUUUACUCCCAAGUCAUGAAGUUCAGGUGUGCAGUGUGUAUUAAUGGGAGUCAUGUGCAGCCACCUGGUGAAUCUGUGCAACAAACAUUGAGAUAUAUACGUUUUUCAAAAGGAGACAUUAAAAAAUUUAACUUCAACGAGAAAAAUGAGUUGUCCACUCGAAACCUGGUGCUGCCCAUCCCCACUGACCCCACACGCAAAGUGGACGUUGGACGGCUCAGGUGUCCUCUGCUGCUGGUUGUAAGUGAAGACGACCAAAGCUGGCCGGCCGUCGAGUCUGCAAUCGAUAUGAAGCAGAUGAUGGAGCAGGCAGGCAACAGCCACCUGCUGACUGUGCUCUCGUACCCAAACGCCGGUCACCUGAUUGAACCUCCCUACUCACCACACACCAGAUCCAGCAACUUCAGAACAACUGUUGACAUCAAGUCGGUCGUUUUAAAGACUCUGUGGGGCGGAGAGACGGUGGACCAUUCUCGGGCUCAGGAAGACGCCUGGCGGAAGAUUCUGGCCUUUUUCAGGGAGAAUCUGUACGGACGUGGUUCAGCAUUGGUGUCAAACCUGUAACUGAGGUGACAAGAGACAUCACGAUAGACUACAGUGUGAUAUUCACAAAAAUAAUUGUAAAAUUUACAGUUGGACUCCUUCUGUGUUCAGAAGAUCAAAGAUUUCUGGAUAAUCAUAUAAUUUCAUAAAUGCUUAUUUAAAAAGUCAAUGUUUUUAAGCAUCAUGAUAUGUAAAAUUAAAGCUAUGAAUGACCA